UCCAGUCAGUCGAGACCGGCCGAUGCGAGCGAGUAGACCGCGAGUGCCGCGCUGCGCGUUCACGAGUGCAUGUGCCGCUGCGCCGGACAAAAUGCAGUUGUUGCUGGUGUUGGUUUCGGUGGCCGCGGCCGCCCUGGCCGCCCGCGACCCUUUGCGCUACGAGGCGCCCGACGACUGUCAGUGGACCCCGCGAACUCAGGACGAAGUGGCUCUCAAGUGUUCCCUGCGUACUAUAAACAGUGAGUUCGACCGCACCAACUUCAGUGUUAUUCCCGCCGAGCACACUACCUCGCUGGACGUGCGGUGCGACCCUGAGGUGGACCUCAAGUCGACUCUGCCUGAAGACGCUUUCGCCCACUUGGUGCGGCUCAGGGAGCUGCUCGUGGUCGAUUGCAAACUGGCAACUUGGCCGUCCAGCGUGCUGCUCGGUUUGGCCGACUUGCGGAACCUGACGGUGCGCACCGGCAACCUCAAGUGGCCCCUGGAACUCAAGGCGGACGCCUUCAGGUCGAUUCGUCAGCUGGAGAAACUCACCCUGAGCGAGAAUAACCUAUGGACGCUGCCGGAUGGACUUUUCUGCCCGCUAGUCAACCUGGUGUUGCUGAACGUGAGUCACAACAGUCUGCAAGAGGUGGCCGAGCUGGGCUUUCAGGUCCAAGACUCGUCAGGCGCGUCUACGCCCGCCCCCAAGGCCCGAGCUGCCUGCGGCCUCGACGUGCAGGUGCUGGACGUGUCAUUCAACAAACUGAGCGAACUGCCGGCAAAGGGAAUCGGCGCCCUAAGACGACUGAAGGAGCUGCGCGUCACAGACAACGAGAUCAAGUCAGUGGCGGACCGUGCCCUUGCCGGCUUGAAAAAUCUGAAGGUAUUUGACGCGUCCAAUAACAAGUUGGUGGCACUUCCACCCGGCCUCUUUAGAGACUGCGUGGAAAUAAGCGAGCUCAAGUUGCAGAAUAAUUCCCUAGGGGUGCUCGCGCCAGGCUUGCUUACCGGCCUCACGCAACUGCAGUCACUGGAUUUGUCCCGAAAUAGACUGUCCAGCACUUGGCUCGAUUCGGACACUUUCUCUGGCCUGAUUAGGCUUGUGUUAUUGGACAUUUCACACAACCGGAUCACUACACUCAACCCCGACUUCUUCAAGGAUCUGUACACACUGCAGAUUUUAAAUUUGGAGAACAACCUUCUAGAGACGCUCCCGGCAGACACCUUUUCACCCCUGAGAAAUCUACACACGCUUGUUUUGUCAUUCAAUAAAUUGGCAAACUUGGAUCCGUACUCAUUCAACGGUUUGUACGCCCUCUCGCUUCUGUCGCUGGACAACAACCAAUUUCAAACGCUGCAUGCUGAUUCACUGCGAAAUUGCACUGCCCUGCAAGAUCUAAAUUUGAACGGAAACCUUUUGAUUCACAUACCACCCGCCCUGCAAGAUAUGCGCCUUUUGCGAACCGUUGAUUUGGGAGAGAACGCAAUCGAGCAGCUCGACAAGCCCGCUUUCAAAGGUAUGGAUAAUUUGUACGGCCUACGUUUGAUUGGCAAUCAGAUAUCCAGUCUGACCCGCCGCUCUUUCACUGAUUUACCCGCGUUGCAAAUUCUCAACCUGGCACGCAACAAAAUCAGCAAAAUCGAGCCGGGCACGUUCGACGCCAAUUCGAAUUUGCAAGCGGUUCGUUUGGAUGCAAAUUUGCUGACAGACGUGAGCAACCUGUUCUCGAAAUUGCCUGCACUUGUCUGGCUCAACAUCUCUGACAAUCAGCUCGCACGAUUUGAUUACUCGUUAGUUCCGCAGGGACUCCAGUGGCUUGACCUGCAUAAAAAUCAUAUCAAAGAAAUCGGCGACUCAAAGAGCUGGAGUGCGGGUCCUUUGAAAUUGCAGACGCUCGACGUUUCGUACAAUUUGCUAACCCGCGUCGGCCAACACUCCAUGCCAGACAGCGUGGAACUAGUUUUCCUGAACGACAACCAAAUUAACACGGUCGACGUACACACGUUCGUUAACAAGCCCAACUUGACGCGCGUCGAUUUAUAUGCAAAUCAAAUCGUUAACAUGGAUCUCAAUGCUUUGAGAUUAACUCCGGUGAGCGAAGAGCGCCCCCUGCCCGAGUUUUACAUCGGCGGAAACCCCUACCAGUGCGACUGCACGAUGGAGUGGCUGCAGCGAAUUAAUAAUUUGGACCACCUCAGGCAGCACCCCAAAGUGAUGGACUUGGAAAGCGUUUACUGCCGACUCCCCUACGCCCGGGACAAGAGUUUUAUUUCUAUGGUCGACGCCGAGAGCUCUCACUUCGUUUGCGCCUACAAAACACAUUGCUUCGCUCUGUGCCACUGCUGCGAUUUCGACGCUUGCGACUGCGAGAUGACCUGUCCGAAUAACUGCACUUGCUAUCACGACCAGUCGUGGUCGGCCGCCAACAUUGUCGACUGCUCGUCGGGAAACCAUGUCCGCAUUCCAGGCACCAUACCCAUGGAUGCCACAGAGGUUUACCUGGACGGCAACAGCUUUGGCGAGCUGACCAGCCACUCGUUCAUCGGGCGAAAGAAUUUGCGCGUCCUUUACGUCAAUGGCUCUAAAAUUAACGCGAUCUUCAACCACACGUUCAGUGGCCUCCGCAGACUCGAAAUUCUCCACUUGGAAGACAACAAUUUGAAAGAGAUAAAAGGGUUUGAGUUGAGCUGUUUAGUCGAGUUAAAAGAAUUGUACUUGCAGAGCAACAAACUGACAUAUUUGGAUAAUAGAACCUUCACCGAAUUAAAGAAACUGGAAGUUGUUCGACUAGAUGGCAACCGUAUGCACAACUACCCGGUUUGGCAGCUGUCCGACAACAACUACCUGGCGAGGAUCACGCUGGCGGACAACAACUGGUCCUGCCACUGCCAGUACAUGCGACAAUUCCGCACUUGGCUGCAGCUAAACCUUGCCAAAGUGUCGGAUGCCGCUCGGAUUUCCUGCGUGCUCAGGGUGAAAAACGAAGGUGUCUCCGUGUCGAAGCAGCUGGGCCCCAAAUUGGCCGACUUUAACAACACCGCGUGCAGUUCCAUGUUGAUCGGCGGAGAGUUUUUAGAUUCCGAUUUCGACCAGUCGGUGACCAUCAAAGCCAUCAGAGACUACCUGCCCUUCGCCCUGGCCCUGCUGGUGGCCAUCGCUGUGGCCUCGUGUUUGAUCUUCUUGGCCGCCUACCACCGCCGCGAACUUCGCCUCUGGAUGUACAGCCGGUGCGGCGUGCGUUUGUGCUACCGGCCGAACACAUCCAGCUCGGCACUGGAAGAGGACGCGUCGCGCCUUUUCGAUGCCUACGUCGCAUACAGCUUAAAAGACGAAGCGUGGGUAACGCAAAUGCUGGCCACCGGGUUGGAGCCGCAAUACCGCCUCUGUCUGCAUUACCGCGACUUCAGCGCGAGCAACUACGUCGCCGACACCAUUCUGGAGGCGGUGGAGGCCUCCAGGAGGACCGUCCUCAUUCUCUCCCCCCAGUUUUUGACCUCCGAGUGGGCCAGGUUCGACUACAAAUCAGCAAUGCGUGAGGCUCUUCAGCGCGAGGCUCGACGGGGAAAGAAACCACCCCGCCGCCUGGUCGUCGUCUUCUUGACAGACGUGCCUUCGCGCGACUUGGACCCCGACCUUCGGAUGUACUUGAACAGCGCCGCGCUGGUGCUUAAGUACGGCGACCGCCGCUUUUGGGAGAAGCUGCGCUCUGCUCUGCCGACACCUCGCAACGGAAAGCACGACGACCCAAAGCCGAGAAACGGCACCCUCUGCUGCUGCACUGCCAAACAAGAAACGGCGGGCGGCGCCGCGGGGCAACGCGCCCUGCACAUGGACACAAGCCGAGUGGUGUACGAAUACUCCAGCAUGGUGGGGCCACCACCCCCGCUGCCCGACACCUACGAGCAGAUCGGCCCACCGUCCACCUUUCACACCAUGAGGAGAGAGCCGCCAGCAAGGGACUUGUGGGCGUAGCAUCGAACUCUCACAGGCUCUGUUGGAAGAGUUGGCCGCGGAGCUGCAAUUCGUGCCAAGACUGUUGCUGGAGCACUCCCGACGAAAAACGAAGCUUAAUUCAAUGUGAUCUUCAAGACUUCUGCUGCUAGUUGGACAGAGAAAGAGACUUUGCAAAGACGCACGGUGGAUCAAAAAAGAGUUCAUAUGCUUUUUCAUUUUAUCGUUCUACUUUCAAAGCGCUGUGGAUGCUGUUGAGGAAAUUGCAAGCUGUAAAACAACGAACUUUGGUUGUGUGAGCGGAGCGAAUGUGUACAUAUUGAGAUGAUAAAAAUGUGUAUUUCAAAAAUCGCUGCUUAACGGAUACAAUUAAGAAGUAUCGAUUGAAAGCUGUGUUCAUUUUCAAGCGUUAACGUGCAUUGGCGAAGAUUUUGAAUCUAAAAAUUUAAGUAAAUAUCAAGUCUGCAUUCCUAACAGAGCAGUUAUUCGCGAGAUUGGAGGUCAAUUGGACGCGAUUUUUCAGCGUAGAAAUUUUUAGGUGGCAGUUAUAUUUGCUUAAAGUACUUGUUAAUAGAAGGUGAAAUUCCAAAUUUGAAGCUCGGGAAUGGGGGCGUUCCCUAUUUUUUCGGUAUCUAAAAAAUGCCCGAAAAACGAAUUCAGUUAAUGAAUUCUAAACUGCAACUCUUGACUGCAUUGAGGUAUCACCUUGAAAUUUUCACUGCCCAACCUAGUUUUUGAUCCUGAACAACUUUUACAUUUACAAAAAAUUCGCAGGUCGAAGGUCAAGGUCACCUUUUGCGACCUUUUUUUGAAAAUUCAAAAUUAAGGGAUGAUAGCCCCCUACGAUUUUUUGGGGUUCAGGGCUGAAAUGUAGCCCGUGAAAUUCUGCACAAGCACACCAAGUUUCAUAGGUGCAAUCGCGAUACUUUUGCUGCAAUUAGAAUUUGAAGUU